UGGCUUCCCGUCCAGUAAAUUACUGCGAAAGGCUUUUGCACGCAAUCCGCGUCCGCUGCCGACGAACAGAGAGAGGCGCACCAUACUAAAAUGCGCGGCUUGUCUCUUCUAUUUAAAUACACCCACACAUAUGUCUCAGAGCCUAGAAACGGCUGACGAAUCCAAUCUUCCUUUUUUACCCUUUUACUUCUCCAAUCAUCAGACUAUCUCUCUCUCUACUCUCUCUAUUUCUAGUUGCUUCCAUGUCGAUUCAUGAAUUUGAUAUUAGAAUCUCCGGAUGAGACGUAGUUUAAAUGCUUUGGAUCGUAACAUCUUCUGUGAUCGUUGCGAUUGGGUGCUGUUAGCUUCUGUAGAGUCUGAUGAGACGCCGCACAUCUGUGGAUCGGGUGCUGUUUGGUUGUUUAGAAUCUGAUGAGAAGACGCCCAAUUGCGAGCAUCUCCAGUGAACAGAUGGAGAAGGUGGUCGGAAAGCACCCCCGCACCCGAUUCUGCCUCUUGGUUUCGUUAUCCGUCUUGUUUUGGUUCUUCCUGUUUUACUUCCAUUUCAUCGUCCUUGGAGGCGGUCCAAUCGAUGUUCCGGAGCGUGCCGCUUCGUUCCAGCUUGAAUCUUCUGGUGCUCGCCCUGCAUCUAAGAACUUCCCCUUUAUGCGGGCCUUGAGAACCAUAGAGAACAAGAGCGAUCCCUGUGGCGGGAGGUACAUUUAUGUCCAUGACCUCCCUCCCGAAUUCAAUGAUGAAAUGCUCCGGGAGUGCAAGAGCCUCAGCAUUUGGACCAACAUGUGUAAGUUCACCAGCAACGCAGGGCUGGGACCUCCGCUCGAGAACGUCAAAGGUGUUUUCUCGAAUACCGGUUGGUAUGCCACGAAUCAGUUUGCCGUCGAUGUCAUCUUCAGUAAUCGGAUGAAACAAUAUGAGUGCUUGACUCGUGAUUCGACCAUCGCUGCGGCUGUUUUCGUGCCGUUCUAUGCCGGAUUGGAUAUCUCUCGCUACCUCUGGGGCCAUAACACAUCGGUGAGGGACGCUGCUUCUCUUGCUUUGGUGGAUUGGCUUGUCAAGCGGCCUGAAUGGAAUGUUAUGGGGGGAAAAGACCAUUUUCUGGUGGCAGGGAGGAUAACAUGGGAUUUUAGGAGAUUAACUGAUAGUGAAUCAGAUUGGGGUAAUAAGCUUUUGUUUCUGCCGGCUGCCAAGAACAUGUCAAUGCUGGUUGUUGAAUCAAGCCCAUGGAACGGGAAUGAUUUUGGCAUCCCAUAUCCUACCUACUUCCAUCCUGCGAAGGACUCUGAGGUUUUACUUUGGCAGGACCGGAUGAGGAAGUUGGAUAGGCCAUGGCUCUUCUCAUUUGCUGGGGCCCCACGUCCCGACAACCCCAAGUCUAUCAGAGGGCAGAUAAUUGACCAGUGCAAGAAGUCGAAAGUCGGCAAGUUAUUGGAAUGUGACUUUGGGGAGAGCAAAUGUCACUCCCCAAGCAGUAUAAUGCAGAUGUUCCAGAGUUCUCUAUUCUGCCUGCAACCCCAGGGCGAUUCUUAUACACGGAGAUCAGCUUUCGAUUCGAUGCUGGCCGGCUGUAUACCUGUGUUCUUCCAUCCUGGUUCGGCAUACACGCAGUACACAUGGCAUCUUCCAAGGAAUUAUUCAACAUACUCGGUGUUCAUCCCAGAGGAUGACAUUCGCAAGAGGAAUGUCAGCAUAGAGGAAAGGCUGAGUCAAAUUUCCCCAGAGGAAGUGAAGAUUAUGAGAGAGGUAGUCAUAAGCCUCAUCCCUAGGCUGGUGUACGCAGAUCCUCGGUCGAAACUAGAGACUCUUGAAGAUGCAUUCGAUGUAGCUGUGCAGGCAAUCAUUGACAAAGUCACCAAAUUACGCAAGGACAUUAUUGAAGGUCGCAAUGAUGAUGAUUUUGUGGAGGAGAACAGCUGGAAGUAUGCUUUGUUAGAGGAAGGGCAGCGCACAGUGGGACCCCAUGAAUGGGAUCCCUUCUUUUCAAAACCAAAGGAUGGGAAUAAUGAGGAUUCUGGUGGUUCAUCUGCAGAAGUAGCUAAAAAAUCUUGGGAGAAUGAGCGAAGAGGCCAGUCAUGACUGACACAGAUGCCAGCUAUAUUUUAGGAGCUUUACUCAAGCCAGGCACUGAGAGCCUUGGGAGCUCAAAUCUGCCUGUAUGUGGCAAGCCAGAGAGCCACAGACGGUAUGAGUUCUGAUUCUGAUGAGCACAUUAGCAUAACUUAUCAUAGAGAUUUUCAAGCACAUGCCUACAAUAUUUUGUAAACCUAAAAUGUAGGCGAAGAUAAGACUUUCUCAUAUAUAUUCUUCUGUUUUUUUACCCCCUCAUUAUAGUUUUCAGUCGAUAAUUCUUUGUAAUGUUUGUGUUAUGUGCUACAAUGAUAGAUAAAUCAUUUUGUGCUU